UCAACACCCCCCCCCCCCCACACACACACACCAAGCCAGUAUUGUCACGACGCUAUUAGAGUGGACCCAAUAGCACGACUCAGACAGGAGUAACAAAGUUUACUGUCUUUGGUUGGAAACAGGCUGGGUCAAAACCGGGAGAUCAGUCGAAGAAGCAAACAAGUCCAAAAAGGGGCGGGGCAGAGAAUCAGAGGUCAGGGCAGGCAGGCAGGGUCAGAACAGGCAGGUCAGGAAUAGACUCUAAUAACACUGGAGAACUUGGCACGAAAACACAAGACAAUCUGGCAGAGGACAAGUGGAAGUGAGGGAGCUAAAUAGUGAGGGACUAAUGAGGAGCUGCAGGUGAGAAGGGCGUGAGGACCAGGUGAAGGGAAUGAGGGACUAACGAGGUGAUCAGAGGCAGGUGAGGGGAGUUGGACUGACGAGAUGGUGUGACAGGAUGAAAACAACUAUUACAAAAAGGAAGGCGUGGAGCUAAACUGUUACAAGGCAUUCUAGAGAAAAUCAUCCAACAAAAAAAGUACUUCUGCCAUGUUGGGAAAGAGACAGGGCCAAGCAGGAGUGUUUCGCAUGGAGCAGUGAAAAAUUAGCCAAAGAUAUGUCAUUGGAUCAGAUAACAUUCACCCCUGCAAUACCGCUAUCAAUUACACCACCAUGGCUAUUUCCCUCAGUGUCAGUUGAUCUUUAUUUUUUAGACAAAGGCCAAGCAUUUAAACACAAUAAUAACGUGGCAGGAAUGGUGGAGGAUAGACUGGAGACGACAUACUUAUCAUUUAUUCCAGCAUUUACAGAUGGAUCAAAAGACCCUGAAACAGGGAGAACUGGGUUUGCAGUCACCAUACCGUCCUUAAGAUAUGAAGUUAAAAAGAGAACCUCAGAGCAUCUGUCUGUGUAUACAGUGGAGACGUGGGCCAUUUUAACAGCACUGCAGUGGGUAGAGGAGGUUCGGGUCGAAAAAGUCAUUGUCUGUUCAGACUCUAGUUCAACACUAUCCUCAUUACAAUCAUUUACAUCACAUAGCAGGCAGGAUUUAAUUAAUGAAAUAUAUGAAACACUGUUUUGUUUAAAAAAUAUGGGUAUUGUCGUAGCCUUUAUGUGGGUACCAGCACACAGGGGGGUGCAAGGAAACGAAAGAGCAGAUACACUAGCAAAACAAGCGUUAGAAAGGCAGCACAAGAUGGACAUUUUACACAGCAAAGCAGAAGUUAAAACAAUUAUCAAAAGAAACAUUAUUAAGGAAUGGCAGCAUAGUUGGGAUGUAGGGGAAACAGGAAGACAUCUGUAUGCUGUGCAGAGGGAAGUUGGCAAAGGGAGGCCAGCUAGAAGAAGCACCGCAGAAGAAAACAUAGUAACCAGACUGAGGAUUGGGCACACAAGGCUGAACAAAACAAUGCAUCUCGUAAAUAAACACCCAACAGGACGAUGUGAGCACUGUCAAGUACCAGAAUCUGUAGAACAUAUAAUUUUUCAUUGUCAGAAAUACACACUUGAGCGACACAUGUUGAAGAGGAAGCUGGGAGUGGAGGAACUAAAUCUAACAGAUGCGUUAAAAUUGGGGGCAGGACAGGUAUUACACAGGGUGUCCGCGGGUCCUUAAAAAGUCUUAAAUUGCUUUUCCUAAAAAUAAGGCCUUAAAAAGUCUUAAAUUGUCUUAAAUUCAGAUUGGAUUGGUCUUAAAUUUUUUGGGUGUCAUGUCAUUAGGAAUAUGAGGCAAUCUGUUCCGCCAGGUCCGUAUUUUGCUCCGGUCGCUCUGCGGUGUCUCUGGUGUCACCGGGGCCACGCCCCUUCUCUUAAAGGGGCCCCGCGUAUUCGGUCCCAUCCCCGACAACGUGAAGCAUCGACUAGUUUAGAAAACAUGCAGGAUGCAAGUUCAACAACGGCUUGAAAAGAACGAGUGUUUCUGGUCACGGUCGGUGAAUUGCUUCUGAAGCUGCGUUAUGUGUCGGGAGACUUUCCAGCGGUGGAAUCUCACGAGCAGAGCAAGAAGCACAGAGACUAGCGAAGGCCGCCAGCAGCGCGCGGGGCUAGCUGCUGCUCCGCCGCGAGCUGCUGCUCCGCUGCUCGCAACGACGUCAACGCUACAACGCUGGAGGUCACCGGAGGAAAUCCAGCGCCGUGCAACAAAGAGCUCAUCACCGAAGACCAACGCUGCGGUGCGUUCUUCAUUCUGUUCCACGAGACUCUGGACCAGACCACCGCGAGCAGACAGCUGGACUUCAUGUGCGUUAUUGGUGAAAUGACCACGUCCAGUCAGGAUCCUCUGGAGCUCAUGGGCCAUGACACGCCCAGGACCUACUUCAGCACCUCAAAGAAAAUGGACCAAAUGUCAACUGGAAGUUUUUAUAUUCAUACAGUUUGAAAAGGAUUGUUUUCCUCGUAUAUUCACAAAAGCUCAGGAGUAGACAUGAACCUGUGCACAAACAUCCAUCACAUAGAGACAUGAGAACUCACACACACACACACACACACACAUACAUUAUAUUAUGUAAAUUAAUUUGCAUUUUAAAAGCAGCUGGAAUUGUUAUUUUAUAGAUUUUUUUGUUCAAAAGGAACUAUGUUGCACGUAUUUUUUAAAUAUAUUUACUUAAUUUUAUAGACAUUUGUUCAUGGGACUUAAAUGUUCUGAAAAUGUAUUAAUAAAUAUAAUUUACAACAGCAAUGACAUUUGUGUUAUCCUUUUGCAUUACACCAUACUGUUAAUUUUGAACAGACAUCAGUGUGUUUACUUUGAAUUAAUUAAUUUAGAUUAAUGUAUAUUUCCAUCGUAAGUUAGGUCUUAAAUUUUAUUUAGACGUGGUCUUAAAAAGUCUUAAAAAGUCUUAAAUUUCACUGGUUCAUUCCUGUAGACACCCUGUUACAAUAUUUGAAAGAAACAGGAUUAAGCAAUAGAAUUUAAAGCACUGACAUUUUUGAAUCUCCCUUUUGUUUUGUUUGGUUUAUUGAUUUUGUUUUGUGGGUAUUUUGUUGGGUUUGGUUUUGUUUGUUUGGUUUUGUAAGGGGAUAGGGUACUCUGGUCCACACUCCACUACAGUAGGUGGCGGAAAUGCACCGUUCACUGGAUGCCAUCCGCCUAAAAAUUUAAAAAGGAAGAAGAAGAAGUAAACUGUUACAAGUAUAGCGCCUUCCAACUCACGGAUGUCCUACUCAAACUUCUCCAGUGUACAUGUAGCAACACACCCACACCAACGCAACAACCCUUUGCGGCCUCACGCGCUGCUAUUUCAGCCACCCACUUCUGAUAACCGCCGCCCACAACCUUGUUUGGUAAUGUCAAUCUGGAUUCAUAGAUUUGUUUUUUAAUGCUCAUCAUUUACUCAAGAACUAGAAGAAACAUGAGCUACCCACAUGAGUAUGAGCACGAGGGCAAAGCAAAGUACUGCUGUGGUACAAGAAAGUACAAAGAUCUGUUUGAGCGUACGCUAUAUUUAGAAUACGCUCAGCGCUUUACCUUUCAGAAGGGGAACUGAAGCCGUUGCAUCAGUCUAUGCUCUCGGCACGUUACGAGACUCCUUUUUUCACAACAUUUGACAUUUGAACUCGCUGAACACAGAUGUGGCCGGUCUGCCACGGUUUGGGUCGCUAGCCGGGGUUAAUGCUUGCCUUUGGAGAAUCAGCACUAACCCUUCUUCAAACACCAAACGUCACACAAACAAACUAACCGAUCGAGGGAGCGGUGGAGGAAACAGCUUCAGUCCCCUUCAGAAAAGAGUCGUUAGACACUGGCCUGUUAAGAGGCCUAGAAAUGCACACAAACACGACCGGUGUUUUCAUUUCCCCUCCUCUCUUGCUCUCAGGUAUGGGACACCUGCACCACCUACAAGUGUCAGAAAACCCUCGAGGGGCACGACGGCAUCGUUCUGGCUCUGUGCAUCCAAGG